CUUUAUUCGUCAGUAUCUCUCGUGAUUUCGAAGAGCGAGCAGCCAAGAAAAAGGAUCGAGGCAUUAAAUACAAACUGCUCGCGUGACUCUUGCCAUUCCUUUUUUUAUUGUUUUUCUUCCCCUAUAUCUUCUUUUUCUUCUUCUUCUCCUUCUUCUUUUUCUUUUUCUUCUUCUUCAUUUUGUUUAAUUUUUUUUAUAACAUACAACCCAAGUUACCUCAGGAUUACCAAGUACACAAUACAUUGUACUAAAAUAUAUACCUAUAUAUAUAUAGUUACUUCUGCGCGCGCACUUUGACGACCGAUCGCGAACCACGAGUGUGACGGGCUGUGUUUACUCUUGCAUAAAUGAGACAAUAGCUUCAGGAUAAAUUUAUAGUGUUUUUUUUUUAUUUAUUUAGUUAAUUGUGAAUAAUGGGUGCCAAGUGUAUUUAUCUGGUUCUAUUGUGUGUCACUACAACCCUAGCGAAUGUGCAAAGUAAAGUCCGAUGCUCAAAAGAUCUGAUGGAAGUUGAUAUCGUGCGCAGUAGUCCUCAAGCUAAAAUUUAUCUGCAGCAGCUUGAAAAUUAUCCAGAUGAAGCGUGCAAGCCAGUUUUUCACAAAGGCGUAGCAACAUUUCGACUGUCCUUAGCCGAACAAAACAUGUCACGCUGUGGAAUCGUCAGAGUCGUUAACAAAAUGACGGGACAAAAAGUUUACUAUCAUCGGAUUAUCGUCGAGGAGCCCGCGGAUUCGAGCAAACAUGGGUUCACUGUUAAAUGCAUCGUCACGGAGGUUGAACUGCAGUCGAAAAUAUCAAGCAUCGGUCAUGAUGUUGCCAGAAGAAGUGUUUUGCCUGCUGGCUUUCAAGAGGACGACACCGUUGAUAUACAGGCGGAAAUAGCGGGAAUGGCGCCCAUCCCGAUGCUCAGCGUCGGAGUUCGUCAAGGGGGCAAACUAGUCACCGGGGAAUUGAAUGUCAGCCCUGGCACGCCGUUGCAGAUGGAAAUAUUUCUCAAUUCUGAGUCAGCACCUGUUUAUGGACUUCUUGUCACUUAUAUGCAAGUCACCGACACUAAAACUGCUGAGGAGACCAUAAUUUUCAAUGGGUGUUCCGUCGAUCCCUACUUGUUUGAAAACUUCAACACAGUAGACGGCGAUUUCCUAACCGCGAAAUUCCGCGCGUUCAAAUUCCCCGAGAGCACAUACGUCCAGUUCCGCGGAACCGUCAACGUUUGUCUGGACAAAUGUCAAGGCGUCGAGUGCAGCAACGGCCAGGUCGGUUUCGGAAGGAAAAAACGCGCGAUUUCAAUGUCUGGUAACCAGAACAAUGUCUUCGAAGUCACCAUGUCCACAUUCAUUAAAGUCGACUACGACAGCGAAAUUCCAGAUGCCACCCUGUCCCAGUUCAUAAGACCCGGGAAGAACCGAACCUUCGAGCGAUCGGUCAUCGGCGAAGAAGUCCAAGAACAAUUUAUGUACAAGUGGUCAGAAUCCUCCAGCUCAACAUACUGUCCAUUAAAUAUUUUUACUCUCUUGUCAUUGGCCUUUACUUCAAUCCUCUCGUCGUUCUUCUGAACUUAAAUUUUAUAAAUAAAAAAAAAAAAAAAGUUAAUUAAAUAAAUGAAAUAACGAAAUUAUAGAUCUGAGAAAAUUAAAACCUGUGUGAUACUAAAAAUAACUCUAAUUACGCGUAACAAUUAACGAAUGCUGACAAUUAAAAAAAAAAAUAAUAAUUAAAAGACUCGAUGAUUUCUCUACUCCGCGACCGCUUAAUUUUAUUGAAGCCAUUAAUUGUUUAAAUAAAAUAAUUUAAAGUUUUUAAAUAUUUAAAAAUUAGCCUUUGCGAGUAGAGAAAGCUGAGGCCCUAGUCCUACUACGGCGUAACUAAUUUACAAUUACUAUUAAUUGAUAACAAUUAUUAUUAAUUAAAAUUAAUUUUUACUCGUGUAAAUGCGAUUGAGUUCUGUUUGAUUUUUACUCAACCGAUCGCGUGGAAAAUUCAUAAUUAUAAAUAUUUUUAAAUCAAAA